AUGGCCAUCGGGAGGACCUCCUCGUCGCCCAGCGUCGAGGCAAACGACCAGAAAGAUCCCAACGGCCAGCAUGUCGAGAUUUCCAGCCAAGGGAUCACUUGGACGGAGGAAGAGGAGAAGAAGCUCGUCAAGAAGAUUGACCUCUUCCUGAUGCCGACUAUCUGGCUCAUGUAUCUUCUGUCAUACAUGGACAGAACCAACAUCGGAAAUGCCAAGAUUGCAGGAAUGGCAGACGACCUUAGCUUGUCCUCUUCCCAGUACAGCAUCGUCCUCAUCGUGUUCUUCAUUGGUUACGUCCUCUUCGAGCCCCCGUCCAACAUGAUCCUCGUCCGGACCCGUCCGUCCUUAUACCUCCCCUUCAUCAUGGCCGUCUGGGGCGUCCUCACCUGCGUCAUGGCCGUCGUCAAGACCUACCACCACCUCGUCAUCCUCCGAGUCUUCGUCGGUAUCAUGGAGGCCGGCUUCUCCCCGGGCAUCCUCCUCAUCAUCUCGUCCUGGUACCGACGUGCCGAGCAGUCGAGGCGCUUCGCCAUCUUCAUGUCGGCGGCGAUCCUGUCGGGCGCCUUUGGCGGCCUGCUCGCGGGCGCCAUCACGAGCGGUCUCGAGGGCGCCCACGGCCUCCGGGGCUGGAGGUGGCUCUUCAUCGUCGAAGGCGUGGCGACUAUCGGCUGGGCGGGCAUCUCGGCCUUCAUCCUGCUGGACUUCCCGGCCACGUCGAAGCGGCUGUCGGAGCGCGAGCGGGCGAUUGCGAUUGCGAGGCUGCAGGAAGACAACGUCACCGUCCGAGGGGAGGAGGAGAAGCUCGGCAAGAGAAAGUCGUUCAUGCUGGCCCUCAGCAACUGGAGGACGUGGGGUUUCGUCCUCGGUUACAUGGUCAUUGUUGGUUCAUCGACACUCUCCUACUUUUACCCUACGCUCGUCCACGGACUCGGCUUCACGUCGACAGUUCAGGCCCAGUACAUGACAGUCCCGAUCUACGCGUUUGCUUUCGUCUGCACUGCCAUCACCGGAUUCUACGGCGAUAGAAUCCCGGAUCACCGAGGGUUGGUCAUCGCCGGCUGGCUCGCGUUCAGCACCGUCACCUCGAUCUGCGUGUGCGUGGUGUACAACUUCACGGCCCGCUACGUGCUCCUCGUCCUCAUGGCCGCCGGGCUCUGGGCCUCCAACGCCAUGUCGCUCUCCUUCGCCAGCUCGACGUUUGGCAGCAUGGAUGCCGAGGUGCGCGCCAUCGCCCUCGCACUGAUGAAUGCCCUCGGAAACCUCGCCCAGAUCUACGGCGCGUACCUGUUCCCCGAAGGCGACGCUCCGAAGUACCUGUUGGGCUUUGGUGUAAUUUCCGGUAUGCUGGGACUGGGUGUCGUCGUUUACCUCGUGAUGCACGUCAUGGUUAGGAAAUACCAGUCCUAG